AUGGAUUCGCCACUUUGGUCUCUAGUGCCAGAUUAUGCGGAAUCCGAACUAAAUUGGAAACCUAGAAAUUUCGUUCAUUACGAUGUAUGGAAAAAUUGGAGAACUGGUGAACGCAAACAAUUUCCAAGAAGUUGUGGUGGACUGGAUGAAGGGGCAGCCGUUGUUUGGCCGGAGGAUUAUGACUAUCAAUUUGAUAGUCAUUUCUUGUGGAGCUGUGAAAAGAACGAUAUCGAUGGAUCAUUGAACUUUGAGCCAUCGGCAUGUGUUGGCGAUGAGUCGGCUCAGAAAACUCACAGCAUCAGAGCUGGAGAAACAGAAAUUUACAAGAAUGGAUCAGUAGUAGUUUCCUGUAAGCGGUUUGAGGGAAGAUUGCAAAGAGUGAGCACGCCAGUUUCUGGAUGCUUCUACAAUAACACAGUAUAUCCCUUAGGUGCACAUUGGUCAGAACCCAACAUUGGGGAUUCCCAGACUUUACACAGGUUCAUGACUUGCUACAAGUCAGAAUCCGGUUAUUUUGAAAAGCGAGUUGCGGGCCAUCAACAAAGAUUACAAAUCCUCAGAUCAAGACCGCCAAAUCGGCGUUGUUAUUGUGACCAAUUAUGUCAAUCCCGCUACCGCUACAAAUUGGAAGACACCGCCACCGGCACAAAUAGGAUACUAUCUUUUAUAUUUUCUCAAAGAAGUUGGGGAUUAUCCAUUGAGCUCACAAUGACCAGAUCAUUAAUCAAGAGCACCCGGAUGGUCAUUUCAAUCAGAGAAACGGGAAACAAGACUCCUUUAAAUCUUAUCUUGGAAAUAUCGUUGGAUUCCCGGAAAUUGGAUUUGCCAGGAAGACCGAGAUGGCGAAGAAGAAAACAGGAUGGCAAAGAACAAGAAAAGAUGGAUAAUAACUUAAACAUUAUGGCUCUCCCAUUCAAUUUCUCCCUGGACUACCCGAGAUGUUGUUAA